GCGCAAGGAGUUCAGAGAAAACGGAGGCAUCUCCAAUUGCUCAGAGACGCCGCCGUCUGAAACCCUAAUUUCUUGUUGUUUGCCUUUGAGUUCUUAAAUGUACGCGCUGAGAUCAUCGUUCUCUAUUUCCUCUCGCCAUAAUCCUCCCUCCUUGCUCCGAAUUGAUCCUCUCUUGUACUGUUUCUUCUCUUCUUCUUCCCACAGCCAAGCCUCUGCUUCAUAUGGAAUCGUCGUUCAAUACCUUAUUGAUACCUUUGAACUCUCCCCCGCCAGAGCGGUGUCGAUUAUGAGCAGCCGUAGAGGCAUUGCAUCAACGGAAAAGCCUCAAUCCGUUUACAAAUAUCUUUCAGAGCUCGGAUUCUCCGAAGCUCACAUUCAAUCGACGAUUCGCCUUGCGCCGCAGAUCGCGUUUUCCAACAUCGAAAAGACUCUGAAGCCGAAGAUCGAGUUCUUCCAGAAUCUUGGCUUGGUCGGCUCCGAUUUGGGUAGGUUCAUUUCCAAGCAUUCUACGCUUUUGACUAUUAGUUUGGAAAAGAGAUUGAUGCCUAGUGUUGAGAUUCUUAAGAGUGUUUUCCCCAAGGAUGAGUGUAAUAGCGAUCUCCUACAAGUUUUGCGGCGAUGUUCUGAUAUGCUUAUGCGAUCUCCGUAUACAAGGUUGCCUGUCAAUAUUAAUUACUUACAAAGUUGUGGGAUUGUUGGUUCUCAACUCUCUAUGUUACUGAAGAGGCAACCUGCACUUUUUGUAGUGUAAGUAAUGCGACCUUCA